CCUCGGAACAAAGAUGGCCGCCCAGUGAACUGAAAAUGGCAAUGGCUUUGAACUCUUGAUCAUUUAGCUAAUAUUUUUCCUUAUAAAACAUCUUCAAACAUCUUCAAAAUCCACUAAUUAUUUCUAUACACAUCCUACAAUCCUACUCAAGUGUAAUUUUGAUUUUUUUGAGGUAGAAUUUCGCGGUAAACGCUCAAAAAAGACUGACCUUUAUUGGAUUCGAUCUACGAUUAUUUUUUUCUACAAAAAUGUUCAGAGUAUAUUCACCCUUACGGUCUUUACGAACGACUGGAGGACAAAUGAAUGCCUUUAAAGGCUCACCCAGUCAUAUAUUAAGGACAGCACCUCUACGAAGAAUCCACAUUGUCACCUCAAACAAACUAAAGUCUAGUCCAUACCUAAAUGGAAGUCAUUUGAGCUCUCAACAGCACAGCCCUGGAUCGAAUGGUAUCCAUUUUCAAAACAGCAGGUUGAUGUCCACAACAGGGGGGAGCAAGGACAGGGGUGGAAAGAAUCCAUGGUGUUGUCCUAAGUGUGGAAAUCCAUGUAGUGCUGUUGAAGCGUCUACGCGGUUUGUACAGUGUGACAAGUGCAGUCAUUUUUUUCUGAUCCUGUCUGAAUCUGACUCUAAGCGAUAUAUUAAAUAUGAAAGUAAAUCUGCCAUGAAUGAAAGUGAUAAACAACAGAAAGUCCAAAAGAAACCUCCUCCACCUCCUAAAAAGAUAUUUAAUUACCUGGAUAAAUAUGUAAUAGGUCAAGAUUUUGCUAAGAAAGUUCUGUCAGUAGCUGUCUACAAUCACUACAAGAGACUAUCCGUCAAUCUUCCUUCAUCAUCACAAAGUUCGUCAGCAGAGGUCAAGCCUAUACCACUAACAAGACCAUUCCCUGGAUCUCCACACGAACUUCAGCUAGUAAUGGCACAAGCCAACACACUCAAUUCCCCUCUUGGUGCUAGUGGUGUCCAGUCAUCUGGCCAGAUGAAGGAAACAAGCGGUAGUGAAAUACUAGAUGCCAAAAGAGAUAGAAUUACCCUGGAUAAAAGUAAUAUUUUGCUUCUAGGGCCCACAGGUUCAGGUAAAACCCUUCUGGCCCAGACAAUAGCCAGGUGUCUUGAUGUACCGUUUGCUAUCUGCGACUGUACUGCUCUUACACAAGCUGGUUAUGUUGGAGAAGAUAUUGAGUCAGUUAUCGCUAAAUUGCUACAGGAAGCAGGCAACAACGUAGAAAAAGCACAACAAGGGAUUGUAUUCUUGGAUGAAGUGGACAAGAUUGGAUCAGUUCCCGGUGUCCAUAACCUCCGAGACGUUGGUGGUGAAGGAGUACAACAGGGUCUUCUGAAGAUUCUGGAGGGUACUGUUGUCAAUGUACCAGAGCGCAACUCUCGCAAGAUGCGUGGAGAUACUGUUGCUGUAGACACUUCAAAUAUUUUAUUUGUUGCAUCUGGAGCUUUCAAUGGACUGGAUAAAAUCAUUAGAAGAAGAAAACAAGAUAAGGUACUUGGAUUCGGAGCUCCAGCAAUAGAGGAAUCCAUAUCAACCGAAGGCAAAGAACUCAAUAUAUUUACCAACAUCAAAAACGACGUCAGAGAUGAUAACGCAGAGCGUGACGGGUUACUGAGUAGCGUCGAGGCGCGUGAUCUAAUCGAGUUUGGAAUGAUCCCUGAGUUCGUGGGUCGACUUCCGGUUGUAGUUGCUCUGCAUUCUCUGAAUGAAACUGCUUUGGUUAAGAUCUUGACAGAGCCCAGGAACGCCUUGGUGCCGCAGUACCAGGCUAUGUUUGCUAUGGAUAAGAUUGACUUGAUCAUUGAGCCAGAUGCACUCCAGCUCAUCGCUAAUCAAGCAUUAGAAAAGAAAACUGGUGCUCGUGGUUUGAGAGCAAUAUUGGAACAGCUACUUCUCCAACCCAUGUUUGAAGCACCAGGCUCAGACAUCGUGUCUGUUCGCAUCACCAAAGACGUUGUCAAGGGAACCAAACCAGCCGAAUACGUCCACUCGCCAGAAAAACUAAACGAAGACGAAGCAACACAACCUGGUGAAGGCACUGACAUCUACAAUGAUGAUAUCGAGAUGUAUGCUGGAGACGCAUCUUCAAGACUGUGAUCAUCUUGAAUAUUCAUUGUAUUUUUUUUGUAUUUUAGACUGAUCAUGAAUUAGCGGGGGUGGGGGG